AUGGCACCACUUGUGGCCCAGCUCCUCUUCCUCCAGGUUGUUCUAGGGACAGCUUUGGUUGAAAACAUCAAGACUCAGCUUGCCAUCAAGAACUUCCGUACCUUACACGUUGACUAUCCCAAGGUUACCUACGCCAAAGGUUUCCAAGGUUACUGCAAUGGUCUGAUGUCCUAUGUUCGGGGCAGGCAAGAAAGCUGGUAUUGCCCAAAGACCCAUUAUGUCUUACAUGCCCCUUGGACAACCAUCUGGAAGUUCUGCAAGUACAGUGAGAGCUUCUGUGAGAAUUACAAUGAAUACUGCACGCUCACCCAGGACUCUGUCCCACUCACAAUUUGCUCCCUGUACUACAGACAGCCGCCCACCAGCUGCCGCUACAACAGCACCCUGACCAACCAAAGGCUCUAUCUGCUCUGCUCUGAAAAGUAUGAUGGUGAACCCAUAGAUAUCAUUGGCCUCUACUAG